GCGGGAAGGGCGGGCAGACCGGGCCGCUGUGCUGGGCGCCGGCGGAGAACGUGAGGGUGUCAUGGGGCGCGCGAGGGCCACGGCCGCCCAGGAAGAGCGGCAGAAGAAGCUUCAGGAGUAUUUAGCAACUAAAGGAAAGCUGAAGUGUCCAAAUACAAAACCCUAUUUAAAGGACCGGACCAAUCAGCCAAAUCCACAGUUACCACGACUUUCUAAAUCAGGGCCUGUUGUCCAGCCCCAGAAGGAUGUUCUCUCAAAAGUGUUCAAAUGCAUACCAAAGGAUCAUGCACCUCCUGUCAAAAACACAAGAAGUGCACGUCGUGCUCUUCAGCACAGGUCCUCAAAUGCCCCUGGGUCCCAGAGGCCAAAGAGUAUACCUCCCAACCUUCUGGGAAAGAGUACAGGGCCACCUGCCAACCUUCUACCAAACAAAAGCCAUUGCGUGCAUCUGAACAGAAUGGCAUCAUCAUCUACCUGUCAUCAGUUAAAUCAAAUACAAGAGACUGUGAAAUCUGAAAAUCCAGGCUCAGUCACCGAUCAAAGGGCUGUAAUGUUGACCCAGACUGGAAAUGAUCCCCAGUGUGGGGAGCACCACUCAGUAACUGAGAAUUUGCAAGAAAUGGCAGACUGUGAUAAAGUAAAUCUUCCUAGUAAAACUGUUCUAGAAUCUUCUGAGAACAGGACAGAGUCUGGACUGGACAUCAAAGUACAGUCUAGGACUGGUUUAAACAAGCCAGAGAGCAAAAUAGAUUUGGUUCACAGGCAUACCUUGGGCACAACUCCAAGGAACAAUGUGAGUCUGAAAGACAGAGUUACUGGCUGUCAGACCAGUAAGGAACUAAUUUCGAAUAAACUAGCAAAAUCUCCACCUGGCUGUAAAGUCGUGUGUCCUCAAAGACCCAGUAGCAAAGCCCAGGGGUCAGUGCCUCCUUCCCAGAUAUUUGCUGUUUCUAGUACUCGACUAUCCAAGAAAUCAGGUGCAGAAAAACAGUGUCUACAUCCCAGUGUCGUGAGGCAAAACACAGUGAAACUACAGGCAGUUGGAAUGCUCGAUCUUGCAAGACAGCCCACACAAAAGCAAUAUGUGAAGCACUCAAGAACAUGUAAAACUCCUGGUGCUCUGGAAGUUAGAAGGUCCAAACAACAGGCUAGAGCUGGACAAGACCUGAAACUGACAAGGUCUCCCAUAAAUUCUCAUGUCUCCAAAAGGCCCUCUGUGAUGGAACCGAAAGCAAAAUCAAAACGCAUGUCAGAGAGACCCAAUUCAAAAACAAGUGGCACAACCAACUGGCAAAUGAAUGCAACAAAAGGGAAGCAGCGCAUUAAAGACUUGAAGAAAGCUUCUCAGACUUGCGAUACAAAAUCCAAAAGUACUAUCCCCAGAAACUGUACUGCAAGCACAUGCAUGUCCAGAGACCAAGCCAGUGUUGGCAUGCUUAGGAAUGUGAGAGAAACACCCAAGCGACAGCUGUUAAGGGUAAAAGAGGUCCUGCGUAAUCAGGAUUCCAAGACCCCAGCUGCUGAGAAUCGCAAGAAGCAACUGGAGCAGUGGUUGGCAUCCAAAGGGAAAUCGUAUAAACGUCCACCCAUGACACUGCCUGCUAAAAAGCCAACCAAGGAGAUGGUGAACCUGUCCUUCUGGAAUGGCAUGGAGGAGGAGGAGAAGAGAAAGCAGCUCUGCGUGACAGACAAGAUCAAUGGCAUGUUGGCAGAGUGUCUCGAACUUGCUGAGAAGGGUUUUUCUUCAGAGGAGCUCUUCACCACACUGUCCAGUAUCCCAGAGGCAGAGAAGUUUGCCAAGUUCUGGAUCUGCAAGGCAAAGCUGCUGGCUCGUAAUGGCACCAUUGACAUGACUGGGUUGUAUGAAGCAGCGGUCUGUGCUGGUGCUGCGCCAAUCCAGGAGCUGAGAGAAGUUGUUGUUGAGUUUUUGAAAAACACAGACAACGUAUACCAAGGGGUCUCUGCACACCCUUCUGCUGAAGUCAGCUGUCAUAUAGUGGAGGAUGCAGCUGAACAGCCAGUGCUUCAGGGUCCCAGAACUCCUUGCCCUGGCAUGAGAGAGCAGGUUGUGGCAACUCCACAAUCCAGUUUAAGGUUCUUGACUAGCAAGCCAGUCUCCUUGGUCAAGUUACAAGUUGUCCCAGUGCCCAGAAUGAAGGGCUUGUCUGAUAUGCAAGACUUGAAAUUCUUAACCCCGGUGCGGCGUUCUCUGCGGAUAGAGCAUGCCAUAUCCCGUUACCCAGAGAUGCUGAGGGAUCAUGACACCGUAGUAUCUUCCCUUGAUGAAGUAAUAGCCAUGGAGGAUGUGAGCCAGGUUGUGUUUCGUAAAAAUGAGGCCCUGCUGGAAGAGGAGGAGCUGGAACUUUAGGCUGGUGGUGUCCACAAGCUUCAUGGCCUUCUGUUAUGGUUUCUUCUGCCUGACUAAAGGAGAGGCCUGUAAAUAUACUGGGGGAAAUGUGUAAUUGCCUUUUUACAGUGUUACUACUCUUAAUAAAUGUACAUACCCUGUGACACAGUAUAACCUAAUGCAUUGCCUACUGGCCUGGGACACAAGGGAGCUGUUUUUGGCUCUACUCCUGGCCUGCUGGGUGACCUUGAACAAGUCACUUCACCUGUCUGUGCCUCAGAUUCCCCAUCUAUAAAAUGGGGGAGAAUAAUGCCGACCUCCUUUGUAAAGUGCUGUGAGAUCAAUGGAUGGAAGAGCACUGUGUAAGCCCAAGGUGGUGGUACUGUGAUGAACAAACUAAUGCUGAAUACUUUGAGCCAUUCAGUAGCAGAAUAGCAGGGUCCUGAUGAGCCAAGAGGGGACACCAGAGCAAAGCAAAGACCUUGCAAAGAGGCCCUGGGCUCUAAUCCCACCACAUGGGCAGGGCUUCUCAACACAACUAAUGUUAGCACCUCCAAUAGCCUUGUGCCUCUUAAAAUGGUGCAGGAAAACUCUCAGGAUUGACUGAGAGCAGCUGGUUUGGCUGCAGGACCUCCCACUGCCACAGCAGUGCAGUAUUUCAGUGACCAGUGAGGAACUUCUUCCAAACUUGUGGUGACUAAGGCCAUGGCUACACUUGAGAGUUACAGCACUGGUAGUGGCUUUAUAGCGCUGUAACUCACUCACCGUCCACACUGGCAAGGCACAUACAGCGCUGUAUCUCCCUGGCUACAGCGCUGGUUGUACUCCACUUCUACAAGAGGAAUAAAGACUAUAGCGCUGCUGAUGCGGUGCUGCCCCGCCAGUGUGGCCACCAAAAGUGCUAUUAUUGGCCUCCAGAAGUAUUCGGCAGUAUCCCAGAAUGCCAGUUCUAGCCACUCUGCUCAUCAGUUUGAACUCUACUGCCCUGGCCUCAGGUGACCAAGCAUCAGACCCUCCCUUUAAAUUCCCCGGGAAUUUUAAAAAUCCCCUUACUGUUUGCUCAGCCAGGUGUGGAGUGCAAUCAGUGAAUCUUUCCAGGUGACCAUACCUCCAUGCGCCAAAUGAGCCCCAGCAUGAAGCAAUGGCGAGUUGCUGGACCUCAUCAGUGUUUGGGGGGAGGAAGCUGUGCAGUCCCAGCUGCACUCCAGCCAUAGGAAUUACGAUAACCUAUGGGCAGAUAUCAAGGGCCAUGCUGGAAAGGGGCCAUGACCGGGACGCACUGCAGUGCAGAGUUAAAGUGAAAGAGCUGCGGAGUGCCUACUGCAAAGCUCGCAAGGGAAACCGCCGCUCCGGUGCUGCCCCCACGACCUGCCAUUUCUUCAAAGAGCUGUACGUGAUACUUGGGGUGACCCCACCUCCACUCUGAGGACCACCAUGGACACUUCAGAGCUGGGGGAGGAGGAGGAAAGUGAGAAUGAGAGUACUGGGGUAGGGGGAGACUCCCUGGAGGCAUGCAGCCAGGAGCUCUUCUCAAGCCAAGAGGAAGGUAGCCAGUCGCAGCAGCCGGUACUUGGUUGAGGACAAACAGAGGAGUAGGUUCCCGAUGCAAACUUGAGAUCUCGGCUGACUGUGUUAUCACCGGCUGAGAGACUGCAAAGCCUCCGGAAGAGACCGCGAGAAAGCAAAGACGACAUACUGCACAAAGUGAUGCAUCAUCUCUCACAGAGAAUCAAAAAGCGCAGGAGUGGAGGGAGAGGGAAAGCAGGAUCCGCAAGGAAAACGCAGUGCACCGGAAGCAAAGCACGGAGCGGCUGAUAAGCAUCAUGGAGCGCCAAGUGGACUCUAUCCAGGCGCUCGUAGCCAUGCAGGUGAAGCACUACCGCCCCCGCUCUCCCCUGCACCCCUUGUCCCAAAGCUCUUUCCCUUGUGCCCCCAUGUCAGCUCCAACCUCCCUUUCCCCAACAUCCGGGUUCUUACCACCACCAGCUUCCUCCAACUCCUGUAUGUUCACCAACCAGCCCUGAGAACUACGACCCUUACCCUCUGCACUCAACCCCUAUCACCAUGCAGUAUAGCCAUCCUGAAGUGCAGCAGUCAUUGCACAGCACUCCAGAGAGAACAUAUGCAAAUCUGUGAUUGUAUAGUUCCCCACCCCACUCCCUUGCCCUUUCAGUUUCCCAAAAAGUUGUGUUUCUUUCAAUAAAGUAAUUUUCUUUUCAAUAAAUGAAUUUUUGCCUUUGAAAA